AAUAAAAACCAACAAAUACAAAUUGUAAAACCUGAACACACGCAGGGUCCGCUAAACCCUUUUUGAAACACGGACACACAGAAACCCCCAAGUGAACUCAGGAAAGAGAGGAGUCAAAAAGAAAAAAUGGCGGUUCCAGGAAGGCGCAACGGUAUGAUAGAAGACGACGAAGACAUAGAAGAAAACGGUUUGUUCGAAGAAGAGGGUCUGGUUGAGCUCGACGACGAAACCCCUCCCCACCUCCGCGACCUCGCCGCCGCUACUCAGCUCGGUGACCUCGAAGCCCUCCGCCUCGCUCUAGAUAACUUGACUGGAAGCAUUGAUGAACCUGUGGAAGAUGGGGACACAGCUCUCCAUCUGGCCUGUCUCUAUGGCCAUUUGCCCUGUGUCCAGCUACUUUUGGAAAGAGGAGCAAGCUUGGAGGCUAAGGAUGAAGAUGGUGCAAUUCCUCUUCAUGAUGCUUGUGCAGGGGGAUUUAUCGAGAUAGCCCAACUUCUAUUAAACUUUUCUAAUGACUCAGAAAUUGUAAAGAGGAUGCUAGAAUCAGUUGAUGUUGAAGGUGAUACUCCUCUCCAUCAUGCGGGAAGAGGUGAGCAUGUUGAUGUUAUAAGGUUCUUACUGGCUUCUGGGGCUUCUCCUACAAACACAAACUCAUAUGGAAAGACCCCAAGUGAGCUAGCUGAUCAGAACACAGAAGCUAGGAGAAUUUUGGAAGCUGCUGCUGCUGCUGUGGCAAGCGAGUAGGCUUUACCAAAUACUAAUUGAAAAUGUCCAUUUUUUAGGCUGUAGCCACCGCUUUUUGGUCUUUUGCUAUAAGUAGGUAACUCCAGAAGUUUGCUGAUCUUUGAUGACAUCAUUGUUUUAUCUAUCAUAUAGACUUUCAGUGAAAUAUCUGCAAUGUUUUAAAAGUACAAAUUUUAUACCAGGGUGUAUGGUACAUUAGGUUCUCCAUUUAAAUUCAAACACUUGUCUUCAAUGAUCAAUAUGCAGAAACGAUAUUAUCUUUCUUAAGUAGAUUAAGUGUAAUCCAGUUGUGUUUGAAUUUAAUUGGAGAGCCCAAUGUAGUGCACAUAAAAUACUGUACCUAAGUUUUGUUCUUUAUACCAUAUGCCCCAUGUAUCUAACUACUGUAGGGGGUUUUAGUUAA